AUACAUAUAAGGUCGUUUUGUUGUGAUUUGUGAAGCUAUAAACAAUUUUCUCUCUCUAGAAACCAAACCCUCGUCUAUUUUCUCUCUCUAGAAAUCAAAUCAAUCGCCGCCGCUCUCUGAACCAUGGCUCGUCGUAGCUCCGGAAGAUCAGCCCCUCGCCCAGCUGCUCGUCGGGCACCUCCCCCAGCACCUGUUCGCCAAGCUCCUCCCCCUGCUCCUGCUUCAAGUGGUGGUGGUGGUGGAUCUAUGCUUGGAGGCCUUGGUGCAACUAUUGCUCAAGGUAUGGCUUUUGGCACUGGAAGUGCAGUUGCACACAGAGCUGUCGACAGUGUGAUGGGUCCUCGCACCAUUCAACACGAAACAGUACCAGCUGCUGCUGGUUCUGCUGCACCUGAACUUUCCAAAGAUGCCUGUGGAAUGCACCUUGAUGCAUUCACUAAGUGCCUCAACUCCUCAGGAAGCGAGAUAAGCAAGUGCCAGUUCUAUAUGGAUAUGCUGAAUGAGUGCAAGAACAACUCUGGCUCUAUGAUAAAUGCUUAAAGAUGGCAUGUCUUGCAUUGGAAGCAAGACAGUACUUAAUAUGAAUUGGUAUAAUUACUGGUGAACAAUGUGUAGGGUUCCUAUUGAUUGACGUUAUCGAUUUUCAGUGGUGAUGUCUGAAAUAAUAUUCCUAUGAACCUAUUAUAUCUUUUGCUGAAGCGGAUAAUAUAUUGGGUACUUCUUAAUUCUAUAA